AUGUCGGUACAAAUACCACCUACCUCCAUAUGGAAGUCGGACGGCACCGACUGUGAUCGCCAGGCACUCAGAGCUCUACUACUCGAGUUUGAGGACGUGUUCGCGUGGGACGAAUACUACCCAGGCCGAACGAACCGUAUCCAGCAUGCCAUCGAGACAGGCGCUGCUAAGCCCAUUUGGCAGCCUCCGCGUCGGAUUCCCGUCCAGUACCAAAACGAAGUUCGCGAUCUACUAGACAGCAUGCUAGCUACGGGGGUAAUUAGACCGUCACACUCCCCUUGGACCUCCCCAGUGACAUUUCUACCCAAGAAGGACGGCAUAGUACGCUUCUGUAUUGAUUACCCGGCGCCUAAACGCAGUAACAUCACGCGACUCGUUCCUACUAUAGAAUGUACCCUAGAUGCCUAAUGAUUGUCCACUCUGGACCUGGCAGGCAGAGGUGGAACCCAUAGAUCGCCAGAAGGCGGCGUUUAUCUUGCCACAAGAAUUGUUCGACUUCAAAACUAUGCCGUUUGGACUGUGCUACGAAGCCGCAACGUUUCAGCGACUCAUGCAGGUCGUACUAGCACACCUGUGUCCCCAACAAUGCCUCCUGUAUCCCGAUGAUGUUGUCGUCUUCGGUAGAACGAUCGAACAGCAUAAUCAAGAUCUAUAUGCAGAGUUAGAGGCAUGUCGCGAAGCCGGACUGCGACUGAGCUCGCAAAAGUGCCAGGUCCUCCGCCACCAGGUGUUCUACUUAGGCCACGAAGUCUCCGCAGCAGGCAUACGUGUCGCCCCGGAGAAGAUAGACGCUAUCCGACCCUGGCCCACACCAUAG